AUGAGGUCAAAGACCAGGAUGUGGAGGUCGUGGUGGAGAUGGAGAGGGGAGAAGAGAAGGCUAAAGAACAAGAGGACGAGAUGGAGAGUUCAGUAGAGGUUUCGAAACAACCAAGAGUGGGCGAGGAAGAGAUGGAGGAGGAGGAAGAAGAUGAUAUGGAGGAGGAAGACGAUGAUAUGGAGGAGGAGGAAGACGAGGAGAUGGAGGAGGAGGAAGACGAGGAGAUCGAGGAGGAAGAAGAGAGCGAUAGAGACUACACGCCAGAUACCUAUAGGGCAAAUGAAAAGGCUCGAACAAUGCUUCACCAUUACAAAGUCCACCUCAUGUCGAGGCUGGGAAAAUUCAAGUCUGAGGGAAAUGCAAGCCAGCAUGUGGCCCAGGUGCAGAGGGUAAUAGCCUCUUCCCUUUGCAAUGGGUCCUUGGAUGGCCUUCUCAACGUUGAGGAGGCCUCAAGCAUGUGGGUGGCUGAACAGAAGAGGCAGAAGAAGGCUGAGGGGACUGUGGCAAGUUAUUGCCACAGUGUAGCUGGUUUUUUCGACUUUUUGGCCACGGGAAAGUUAAAGCACGCCUUCUCCGACGUCCUUGGCAUCCCAACCCUCCAGCAGAAAGCCAAAGACUGGAGGAAGAUUGCUGCCUCACUAGCGAAGGAAGGGAAAGUGAGGCAGGUUGAACUGACAGAGCGUGGAUACCACGACCAACUCACCAACAAAGAGGCCCAAUCUCUAAGUGCUGCCUUAGAGGGGUCGUACCUCAACAAGUUCCGUCCUUUAUUUGUAUCCCAAGUGCGCAUUACAGCGUCGUUGGCCCAGGCCAUCCGAGGUUAUUUUUUACUUAGGAUGGCGCUUGACAACGGCGCUAGACCGUCUGAGUUCAUCAACAUGGAGGUGGAAUGGGCCCUGAAAGCCAUAUAUGAAGAGCAAACAAAUCAGUACGUCAUUAAGGUCCUAACCCACAAGACCGUUAUGAAGUACGGGGCAGCGAGGGUGUGUCUCAAUAAGGAGCUGUAUGACAGGUUUUCCAUAUAUAUUAGGCACAUCAGGCCCAGAUGCCCCGGCUAUGAACAGGGUACGAAACAUGUCUUUUUCACGACGAGAUCCCCCCAAGUCUCCUCAUCCUCCAUAACUUACUCCAUCAAACAGACAUGUAAAUACCUGGAUCAGAGGGCAGUCACAAAUACUGGGAUUCGGAAGUGGAUGUCCAGCAUGAUGGCAGUGAAACACCCAGGGAAAAGGGCAGAGACAGCCGAAGCUAUGAACCAUCGGCUAUCUACUGCUCAAACGAAUUAUUACAACCUGGAUGCGAGGGAUGCCAAUAAGGCAAGGCUAGCCAGCAAUGUGGCAGCCAUUUUGAAGUCUCCUUCUACUUCAGCUGCUCCAUCCAGUCCCUUGGAACUCCCAGCUGCUCCUCCAUCCAAUCCCUUGGAACUCCCAGCUGCUCCUCCAUCCAGUCCAUUGGAACUCCCAGCUGCUCCUCCAUCCAAUCCCUUGGAACUCCCAGCUGCUCCUCCAUCCAGUCCAUUGGAACUCCCUGCUCCAUCUAAGAUGAUGCAGUCAGGCAGAAAACUACGCUCUGCUACAAGAAAUAAGGAGCACCCAGUCCUGCAACUGCCACGCCCACCAUCGGUUUGUGGGUCCACAGGAUCUUCAUCCCUGUGCUCGACCACCAGCACCAAAAAACUGAGGGUGAAGUGCAAAAAACUACCCCAACAUAAUAAGCAUCCAAUCCCGCUACUACCAGACACAUCAUCCGUUAGUGUGUCAGCUGGAUCAUCACCCCUGUUGCCAAGUACCAGCGAUCCACCAGCGAGGGUGAAGUGCAACAAACAUCCUCAACUUAAGGAGCACCCAGUCACGCCACUAUCAGACACCCCAUCCAUUAGUGUGUCAGCUGGAUCAUCAUCCCUGAUCUCCAGUACCAGCG